AUACAUCACUGCAGAAACAUGAAUACAUUAACAAUUGCAUUUGUAACCUUCCUCGUUUGUCAAGUGCAAAGUGCUACAGAUGUGUCGCCAAGUGUUGUUCCAAUUAUUUCCGAAACGAUUGCUUUGGAAAAGGAUGGAAAUUUUCACUACAGUUAUGAAACUGGAGAUGGCAUAAAGGCUCAUGAAGAAGGUAAUCUCAAAAAAGUAAAUGAUGAAUUAGUGGAAACCGUUAGUGGUGGUUGGGAAUAUACUGCACCAGAUGGAAAAGCUAUUUCCAUUUCUUAUGUUGCUGAUGAAACCGGCUAUCAUCCCACUGGCGACUCCAUUCCAGUAGCUCCUCCUAUUCCUGAACCGAUUGCCAAACUUAUUCAGUACUUAGAAGCGCACCCUCAACUACAAAAAGUCAGCGAAGAAUCUACAACAUAACUUUCGAAAAUUAAGGCCCUAAUUACAAAACCUAUGUAAAUAAACAAAAA